GCCGCCUUCUAUCAUGAUGAUUGAUAAGUGAAAACUAGGUCAGACACACUAUCCACCCCCUUCCUCUCUGACACGUACCUGGCUGCCUACGCAGCUAACCACAUUUAACGCUCACUGCAGAAGCAAGUACAGGCUGGGCAGUUUAUAUUCACUCAACCCAGAGUGUUCCUCCCCCACACGGCCACACACUUCAGUUCAGAGGAGCCCCAGCAGAGCUCAUCUCUGCUUCCAGUGUCCUCCAUGACAGAGAAUCUCCACUCCAGGAAAAUGGUACAGCCAAAGAAGUUUCGUGGAGUCCGGCAGCGCCACUGGGGUUCCUGGGUCUCCGAGAUCAGGCAUCCCCUCCUUAAGAGGAGGGUGUGGCUGGGCACCUUCGAGACAGCAGAGGAGGCAGCGAGGGCAUAUGAUGAGGCCGCUGUGCUGAUGAGUGGCCGCAAUGCCAAGACGAACUUCCCUGUCCAAAGGAGCAGCACAGGCGAGCCUGCCCCAGCUGCGGGAAGGGACGUUCGCAGCAACAUCGGCGGUGGCUCGUCUACAGCCAACCUGUCCCAGAUUCUCAGUGCCAAACUCCGCAAGUGCUGCAAGGCGCCAUCGCCUUCCCUGACCUGCCUCCGUCUUGACCCUGAGAAGUCCCACAUUGGCAUCUGGCAGAAGCGUGCAGGAGCUCGCGCCGACUCCAACUGGGUCAUGACCGUGGAGCUCAACAAAGAGGCAGCGCCCACUGAUGCAGCAUCACAGUCCACGUCAGUAACAACUACUUCACCAGCAACAGCGAUGGAUGACGAGGAGAGGAUCGCGCUGCAAAUGAUCGAGGAGUUGUUGAGCAGCAGUAGCCCAGCUUCACCAUCGCACGGAGAUGACCAAGGCCGUUUCGUCAUCUGAAAAGUUUGGAUCAAACAGCACAAUGAAGUCACCAUCUCAGAUCAGAGUUUCGAUAGGCCGGUUGGUACACAAGCAGUUCAGGUCGCUCCAGUAAUAUAGAUGUGUCUAUUACUGAAUCCAACUUACAAGAAUAUAAGUUUGCAAUUGUUUGCAGUUUAAGUAUUUGUGAAAAGCUCUAAAUACACAUGUUCCUGUCAAGAUACUUUGUUACACAUCAAUGUCAGUGAUAUAGUUGCUUAUAAAGGAAAUAAAUAGACUAUGAUUGUGUUACUGUUCA